CACACUGCGCUGCAGCGGAAAGCCCGAACAGGACGGCCGGGUAGUCCGCUGUGGCGUUGACAGCAGCUUUGACAGGCGGAAACACACCGGGAAUGAGCGCUGUUUGUGGGGGGAAAUCAGCAGAACGAACACCGCUAACACUUCACUGUACAAUAUAUGAAAGAUAACGCUGUAAGCCGGCGUGUCUCCUCUGAAAAUCCUCUGAAAAGUCCGGAGAUGUGCGCGAUAUGUUGUCUGCAGACAGACCGUGACUGCAGGAAGAAGGGUUGAAGCCUCCACUGGGGAUGAACUGCAGGUGUGAAUAAUGAGUCCCGUUCUUCCUGCUUGAACAUGCAGCUUGGGUAGCAAAGCCGACUGACAGGAGCAUCUACCUUCACGCGCUGCUUCCUCUUUGGACACACACACUAACUGUGUCGGCUCAACUCAAGCACGGCCAUGCUGAUCAAGGAGUAUCGGAUCCCCAUGCCUAUGAGUGUGGAGGAGUACCGCAUUGCUCAGCUCUACAUGAUCCAGAAAAAGAGCAGACAAGAAAGUUGUGGUGAGGGCAGUGGGGUGGAGAUCCUGGAGAACAAACCAUAUGAGGACGGCCCUGGCGGCUCGGGUCAGUACACUCACAAGGUCUAUCACAUCGGCAAACACAUCCCAUCCUGGUUUUGUGCCAUUCUGCCUCAAGCUGCCCUUCGAGUGGAAGAGGAGUCUUGGAAUGCUUACCCCUAUACGCGAACCCGGUAUACCUGUCCCUUUGUUGAGAAAUUUUCUAUAGACAUUGAGACUUAUUAUAAACCAGAUACUGGAAAUCAAGUGGAUGUCUUCAAUAUGUCCUCUGCUGAGAAAAGACAGAGGACUAUUGACCCCAUAGACAUCGUCAAGGACUACAUACCUCCUCAUGAGUACCUCGUGGAAGAAGACCCUAAGCUGUAUCAGUCAGUCAAGACUAAACGGGGUCCAUUGUCAGAGGACUGGAUUGAGGAAAUUGGCCAGAACCUGGGUCAGAGUUCUGUCAUGUGUGCCUACAAGCUGUGCAAAGUAGAGUUCAGAUACUGGGGCAUGCAGUCUAAGAUUGAACGCUUCAUUCAUGAUGUGGGCCUUCGUAAAGUCAUGGUUCGAGCCCACCGGCAGGCGUGGUGCUGGCAGGAUGAGUGGUAUGGCCUGACUAUCGAGGACAUCAGGCAGCUGGAGCUGGAGACCCAGCUGGCCUUAGCAAAGAAGAUGGCCCAAUACAGCCUGAAUGAUGGAGGGGGAACAGAAGCCAACAACUCCUUCAUUAGCCAAGAGCAGGAGCAGGGAGCAGAGACAGUGGGCUCGACUGCAGAGGCAGAAGGAGCAGGAGGGAAGCUUGGAGAUUCACUUGAGACAAGAGGGGAGCUCACAAAACAAUGGUCAACAUCCUCUAGAUCCUCCAAUAGGUCAUCAAAGCGAGGAGGAAGUCCAUCUCAUCAGAGCAUUUCAGAGUGGAGGAUGCAGAGCAUUGCCCGGGACUCUGAGGACAGCACAGAUGAUGAGUUCUUUGAUGCUCAUGAGGACUUUUCUGAUAAUGAAGACAUGUUUUCCAAGGAAAUCACCAAGUGGAGCUCAAAUGAUCUGAUGGACAAAAUAGAAACAAUAGAAGUGGAUGAAGGACAAGAAACCUUGUACCAGGAGUCAGUCGGGGAGUAUGCCGUCAAUGUGGAGACACAGAUAGAGGAUUGUUCAUCUCAGCAGUGUGUACAGCCUUCCAAAAUUCAUGUCCUCAUUUUGGUCCUGCAUGGAGGCAACAUACUGGACACUGGCUCUGGAGAACAGAACAGCAAACAGGGAGAUGUAAACACGCUAAGUGGAGCUUUUGAGGCUGUGAUGAGGGUCCAUUACCCUUCAGCACUGGGCCGCAUUGCCAUUCGAAUGGUACCCUGCCCUGCUGUGUGUGUCGAAGCAUUCUCGCUUGUGUCCAAUCUUAGCCCCUACAGCUACGAUGAGAGCUGUCUAUCCAGCAGUCAGGACCACAUUCCGCUGGCUGCGCUUCCUCUUCUGGCUACUUCUGCACCACAGUACCAAGAUGCCGUGGCAACCGUCAUCUUACGAGCCAAUCAGGUGUACAGCGACUUCAUCAGAUCUUUGGAAGGAGCUUCUUUUAAUGGCCAGGUGUGUGUUAUUGGGGACUGUGUUGGGGGUAUUCUGGGCUUUGAUGCGCUGUGCAGCAGUUCUGUGACGGUAUCAGAAAGCCAAAACAGCAGCAGACGGGGCAGUGCCAUUAGUGUCCAGGACACAGAACUUCUUUCUCCUGGUAUCGUCAUAAACAGUGUCUCUUCUUCCUCGCCAUCCCUCGAAGGAAGCCGCCAUCUCAGCCGCAGCAACAUUGACAUCCCUCACUGCUCUGGGCCUGACGACCCCAAGAAGCAGCUUCCACGCAAACGCAGCGACUCCUCCACGUACGAGCUGGACACCAUCAAACACCACCAAGCCUUCCUCACUAGCCUUCACGCCAGCGUUCUCCACAGAGAGGCUGGAUCCCGGCGUUCCAGCAACAGCACCAUGUUGGAGGGAGGAUCUCUGGGGAAGUUCGAAUUUGAAGUGACUGACUUCUUCCUGUUCGGCUCUCCACUCGGGCUCGUGCUUGCACUGAGGAAGACUGUGGUGCCCACUCUGGAUGUGUCGGCGCUGCGUCCAGCCUGCCAGCAGGUUUACAACAUGUUUCAUCCAGCUGACCCCUCCGCCUCUCGUCUUGAGCCUCUCCUAGACAAGAGGUUCUACCUGCUGCCUCCCUGUAGCGUCUCCCGCUAUCAGCGCUUUCCUCUGGGUGAUGGACAUUCGGCUCUCUUGGUUGAAACUGUGCAAAGUAACCCCCAGCUUCUGAUAGAGUCUGGCAGUACAGCAUCACAUCGGAACCAGGAAAGCAUUGUCAGUGAGACCUGCAUCCCUGUGCCUGUCCUCAACUGGCAGACCUCCCAGAGCAACACAGAGAUGGAUACCCUUCACUCCCAUACUCUUGUUGAUGGUCAGCAUCCAUCAUCAACAUCACCAGGGAUUCCUCACCUUCGCUGCACCCGUAGAGCCAGUGAGGCCAGCAUAGCCAGCCAGGUGUCAGGCUUAGCUGACUCUUACACCGCCUCCAACAUCGCUACGACAAGCAAAUGUGAAGUGAGCCACACUAAAAGGCCCAGUCUGCUGUCACAGCUGCAUCUACCCUACCAUAGAUUUGCCUCUCGGAGCACACCGCCUCAGUUGCGCAAGAAAAUUCGUCAGGUUUUUCCGAGAUCCAACGGUGUGGAGUCCGAGCACAGCUCGGACGUUAGCUCUGACAUGACUUCUGACAUGACCUCUGACCUCACUGAUGUUACGUCUGACAUCACUGACAUCAGCUCGGCACCCCCGUCGCCCAGGGUGCUGAAGAACAUAGAGAAAGUUGCCUCUCGGUGGUGGGGCAGUAAGAGGAUGGACUAUGCUCUUUACUGUCCUGAUGCCCUGACAGCCUUUCCAACCGUGGCUCUGCCUCAUCUUUUCCAUGCCUCCUACUGGGAAUCGACGGACGUUGUCUCAUUUAUACUCAGACAGGUAAUGAGACAUGAGAAUUCUGGUGUUUUGGAGCUGGAUGGUAAAGAAGUGUCUGAAUUUACUCCUUCAAAACCUCGGGAGAAGUGGCUUCGAAAGAGGACUCAUGUUAAAAUUCGGAAUGUGACAGCUAAUCAUCGCGUGAAUGACGCCGUGUUCACAGAGGAUGGAGUGCAGACACUGACGGGACGUUUCAUGUAUGGUCCUCUGGACAUGGUCACAUUAACUGGAGAAAAGAUUGACAUUCACAUCAUGACCCAGCCUCCCUCUGGAGAGUGGGUGUACUUUGACACGGAGCUCACUAACAACAGUGGACGUGUCUCUUAUGUAAUUCCAGAGAGCAAGAGGCUGGGUAUCGGGGUAUAUCCUGUCAAAAUGGUGGUCAGGGGCGACCACACAUUUGCAGACAGCUAUCUUACUAUUGUACCACGAGGAACAGAGUUUGUUGUAUUCAGCAUUGACGGGUCAUUUGCUGCCAGCGUCUCAAUAAUGGGGAGUGACCCUAAGGUUCGAGCAGGGGCUGUGGAUGUGGUAAGGUACUGGCAGGACUUGGGCUAUCUGAUAGUGUAUGUCACAGGUCGUCCUGACAUGCAGAAGCAGCGUGUUGUUGCCUGGCUCUCCCAGCAUAACUUCCCUAAUGGCAUCGUCUCAUUCUGCGACGGCCUGGUACAUGACCCUCUCCGACACAAGGCCAACUUCCUCAAAACCCUCAUCAACGAGGCCAACAUGAGGAUAUUUGCUGCCUAUGGCUCCACCAAGGACAUAUCAGUGUACACUUCUAUUGGCCUGCCUCCAUCUCAUAUCUACAUAGUGGGAAGGCCCACGAAGAAAAUGCAGCACCAGUGCCAGUUCAUCCUGGAUGGCUAUGCUUCCCACCUAUCUCAGCUGGAGUACAACCAAAGGUCUCGCCCUGCCAAGACCGCCAGUACCCGUAUGGUCCUCCGGAAGGGCAGCUUUGCUCUGGGCACAGCUGGAGGAGACUUCCUCCGGAAACGGAACCACAUCUUUCGCACCAUCUCCUCUCAGCAGCCUGGAGGGUCGGGGUCAUGCUCACCCAGCCAGCCCAGCCGGACUGAGCGCACGCUCAGCCAGUGUGAAGUGGAGCGCGAUAGAGGGGUCACAGCAGCAGCACAGAGGAGUAUGAGUAUAGCUGGGGGGUGCUGGGGGCGCAGCAGCAGCACCAAGGAGGGCAGUGUAGGCUUACAUGGCCCCAAGUAAUGUUUAAAUAAAAGCUUUGGUAUAAAGGACCCUGGCCGAGCCACUAUGAUCUCUGGACUAAGAUAAAAGAUAGAAAGGUGAAGAAAAGAUGGGAGUGUGUGGAUGAUGGGGUUGUGGAAGGAAUAGACAGAUGGUUCAGCAUAAAUAACCCAUAAUUAAUAGAGAUUAGGAAGGAGCGAUAAGUAGGGAUCUGUCCAGGAGGAGUGGACUAAUCAGGCCAAGUGGGAUCUAGAGAACAAAACAGUUCUGUAGCAUGACUCUUUUACAGUAAUACUUUUAUAGGAUAUACCACUAUUUAAAAAAAUGACAAAGGAAGGAUUAAAAAAAGAAAUUGUAAGCCUUAAACUAAUCUCGUCUAACGGGAAACCCUCCCUUCUCCUUUCCAAACAACAUAAACAUUUACACUCAUGAGCUCAGGACAAACUGCAGAGCCAGAUUGAUCUUCAGACAGUCAACCAUGGGACUGAGGCUAAGUUCGUUUGGCAACCGUGGCAAAGGGCCAGUGAUUUACACUUGAGUUUCUUUUCCACUGUUUUGGAACACAGCAGUGACUGGCAAUAAGUAUAGAAAACCCUCAUAAUGCAAAAACAGAAAAGCAAAUCUAUCAAAAAGUAAGUAGAGACCAAAAAACAGAAAGGCAAAUCUAACAAAAAGUAAGGAGAGACCAAAUGGAGACCUUACUGUAAAGGAUCUGUUCAUCCAAACUCUACCAAAAGAGAUCAUAUUAGUAGCUAUUUUAACUAGCCACAGCAUGUUAGUGUAAACAAAAUCCAUCCAGAAGGUUGUUAGGUUAGAUGCUUUAGUUACUCUCUUCCCAUUUCUUACCAACAGCCUGUCAGCUGGCUUCAUAAAGAAUUCUCCAAUUUCAUUUUACUCCACCCUAUUUAUCUGGCUGGUACUUUUUGGUUUUAUUUGUCCAGAAGUAUCUAAACAUUAAGAUGAUGUAAAUGUAGGUGGAAGUAUUUUCUGUCAUGAAAAUGUACCUGAGAGUCUGCCAGGGUCCAAACUCUCUUUGUUACCACCUAAAAUCACCAUGCUAACAAGCUAAACUAGAUUAGAAAAAAAGCUUGUAGCAUUGUUACUGGAGAAAUGAUAGCAUGAGAAUGCUAGCAUUGAGUUAAGUGUAAUGGACCACAAACGAAUUACCUUCAUGGUAUUGUGCUGGCAGAGAUUUUAAAAGAAUCUCUAAAUUUUCUAUUUUUAGAUACCAAAAGAUAUGAAUAAAGAAAUGUGUAUUUUGGAUGAAUUGAUCCUUUGAACAAUAAGGGCUGGAUUUGUGAAAUAUACUGUAUCACAGAGGAAAGUACUUGUCGUCUUAGUCACAGAUCAGUCCUUUUCAUGCUUCUUAAAACAUACUGAUAGCAGGUCGGCCAUUCAGUUUUCAUUCCACCCUGUGUGAAACUCUGUAGUAUUUUCUGUUUCCGUGUGGCCUCUGGGCCAUCCAAGGCCUUAAUAUCCCACAAGACACUUUCUUUGCAGAGGAGACGGAAAGCAGAAAAACAGGGCAUGCAGCAUCAAAGCAACAACUGAGACUCUGUACAGUCCACAGCAACUAUCCCUUUAUUUAUAUAUAUAUCUAUAUAUAUAUUCAUCUGCUUGCAAUACCUCAGAUCCACCUGCUGGUGGUGUUUUGUUUCCCAUAGUUGCUGCUGCUGGGAGACACUUUUGUGGUGUUUCCUGAGUAUUUGCUCUUUUUUCUCAUAGGAUAUAAUGCAGGCUGGACCUGGAGCCUGUUUCAUUUCAGACUGAACUGGAAGGGAGAGCUUUCACUCACAAAGAUGUUUCAGUAUUUGUACCAAAUGGACUAAAGAAUGAGCCGAAGUGAUUCAGCUCGAAUGUUGAAAUGACUGAAUUAUCAGUGUGUGUGAAGUAUGGGAGAUGAGUCCCAUUGGCCUCUCUUUCCCUUUAAAGAAGAUGAAGCCACCUCACAUCUCUGACCCAAAUCCAAAAAAAACAAAAACUAUGGGCACAUAUGGGCUCUUUAUAUAAUAGGUAAAAACAUUUACAGGUAUGAUAAAUGAAAAAGUCAGGUGCCUGUGUGAACACUGAAACAGUAAAACUAGCCAUGAAGACAUACCCUACACAAUGUGCUUCCAGUUUAGGUGAUAGUGGGCAGAAUCCACUAUGCUUAUUUUUGGCAAAUGUUAACAACUAAACAACAUCUCUCGAAAAAUUGUUGUGUUCAGGGUGUUCUACUAAGGGCUGCACAAAACUGAAUGACAAGACCUUUUAAUUUAUACCUUUAAAAUGAUCCAAAUUCAGUCAAUAGGAGCUAAAAAAAAGUUUUAAAAAAAGUGUUUAUGCAGAUAAUUCAAAAAAGGCCAUAUACUUGAUUUUUAAAAUUAACCCUUCUUAUAUUGCAAUAGAAUUGUUUUAAUAUAGCUAGUUUUUAAAGUUAUUCAUUUUUAUACACACCCUGUAAUAAUUUGACUUGACCUGACACAAAGAUGAAAUUUAAAACCUUGGAAAUUAUUUACUUUACUCUUUUAAGCCAGAUUUUCAAAAUAAUAUUAAUAAUAUUAAUAACAAGCAUAAAUUCUAAUGUGUUUUUGCAUGAACUGGAAGUCUAAGUCUAAACAAAUGAUACGUAGUUCUACAUGCUUGGUAUAGACUUAAAUAAUUAUAACUACAACAGUUUCAGUGUUCAGAUGAGCAUAUGGCUAUUUCUGAAGCAUGAAAAAUUGUGAAUCUGUCCUUUAAGCCUUCGUGUAUGGAUGUAUGGAGCAGCCGCACUGCUUGUCACCCUCAUUUUACUAUGCUGUUAUUUCACAUGCCCAGUUUCCACACUACACAAGAGUGCUUCUAUUUCCAGUCUGUGUGAUCCAGACCGUCUUGAACCCACCACAAAAGCCAAAAUCAUUCUCUAAUACUGUAGUUAAUCAACGGCAUAACCUCAUUAUCCUUUUUUGCACUAGUUUACAGUGGAAUAUACUGUAGUUACCAUCUCAUUUUGCUGCAUUCGAACACCUCUGUAGUGCAUGACAUUUUUUAUUUAUGUCAGGAUAUGAUAUAUGUGCUGGUAUGCAUACGUCUGUACAUUUGGUCACAAUAUGAAAAUGAUGUACGUAUAUGUGCCAAAUAGUUAACAAGGAACUCUACAGAAGUCUUUAGACCAGGAGUUUUCAAAGUCUGAUAUUGUGCUCCCCCCCUGAUGCAUAUCCAUGCCCACACUCUGUGUUCUCUUAACAGGGAUAUUUUUCUGUUUGGUGGAUGAUUAUUCUCAAAGCUUUGGAACUACAGUAACUGUAAUUCUUUAAAAAUUUGUGCAAUCUAAUGUAGACUCCUGAAGUUUACCUUUAAAAGCGCACUUUUCCUUCUUAUGUUAUGUUAUCUUACAAUAACAUGACAUACAGAAACCUGAUUUCUUUGUGCUAUUGGCUACAUACACAGCACACCCAGAAAUAUCCUCCUGAGAAGCGAGGAAAAAACAAUCUUUCUAUUGAACUUUUUUGUGAUUUCCUUCCUCUUUGGAGAUAAAAAACAAAACCCAUGAAAUAUCAAUGGAAAUCCCAGAAUGUCAUAUAUGUAGGUUAGCUCAAAUAAGUCAAAAACAGAUGUCCAUUACAGAGGACACAUAAAUGAAUGGGCUGGUUCUCAGGUGGAUAUAACUCUCAGAUAAUCAGUACUGCUCCUCAGCAAGCUUCCAGCAGUUGGGCAGUCAGAAGAAAGGGGGGUUUUGGGCAGGGACACCUUAAAUGGACAAACAGGAUCUUCUAGUUGUGAAGCAACAGUACUUACUGCUCUACUACUGUGCCACCACACUGCAAGAGGUGUCUCUUCAAAUCCAUUUCCUAAUUUUCCUACUAUCUACUGCUGUCUUUGUUUUCAUUUGGUUUCAGAGGUGCAAAAUGAGAAAGAUUUCAAGUUUAAAAUCUUCUUUUUACUGAGUAGAAAAGGCUUUUUUGUUGUUGUUGGUUAACCCAGAUACUUAGAAGACUCAUUGAGGAAUCCAGAAAAUCAUUUAGAACAAUGGUGACUGAUUUUUAAAGGAAUGUAAUUAGCUUUGUGACUUGACUACAUGCUGAUAUCUGAGAAGCACAGACUAUAGCUAGAGGAUUAGGAGUUUUUCUUAUUUUUGUUUCUUUUCUUUAAAAAACAAAAGAAAACUUUUUUUCUUUUUUUUUUUUCUUUUUUAAGAUUUUGGCCCCAUUAAAAGCAUUUUAGCAAUUGUCUUAGCUAUUAGCUCUUCCUGUUUGCACUGUACCCAUGAAGAACUGUCUGCUUAUUAGUCAUGGGUACUGGAUAUAGCAGUGUCUUCUGAAAGUCUAUGGCCCAUUGAAUCUAAAGAUACAUAUAUCACAUAGAUCCACUCAUUUUUAACUUGGAAAUUAAAGGGCCAAAAAAGACAACUAGUGCUUCCUGUUGCUCUCAAACACCUCUGUGCACCUGUACAAUCCACCUGACACAGAUGGGAGGUUGUCAUAGUUUGAAAACCUCUGAUGAACACUGUAUCCAGCCUUUCGUAAGAAGGGGAAGUGUGUACUGAGAGCAAACGUCUUAAUGCUUUGACUGGAUUUUGAUUUGCUGACUACAUAAUAUUAAAUUGAAUGUUGCAUGUGAAAAAAAAUGGGCAAAAUGUUUUGACCUUGUAGAACAGAGUCUGAGCGUGCUGCCAAAACCUUGGACAAUAUGCUAGACUGAAAGAAGUCCUGGAGAACACUUUUCCCCAUUUGGCCAUUUUGGCUGCUGAGUUGAAUGUCUGUCCGUCUGGAUUCUGACACUGUUCAGGAGCCAAGGAUGUGUCACUGUACAUACUGUAAAGAUAUAUAUGUAGGAAAUAUAGGGUCGAGGUUUAUUUAUUUAUUUAAGGUUCAUGGCGUUACUCUGGAAAUUUCAGGUGAACUAUAACGGAAAUAUGUAGCAUUUUAUUUGUCAUUUUGGCAGUCAUUGAGGCUAUGGACCAACACAGGAAGCUUUUAUGUUCCUACCAGUGCAAUAUUAUUCUUCACAUCACAGCAGGGGCACAAUCUACCACAAUUCAAUCUACAUGCAGUCUGAAAGCAUACACGUCCAUACACCACGUGCAGCUUUUUCACACCAUGUGAAAACUGUUUGUAUUUGAGCUGCUGUAGACAUCUGCUGUCUCUUACAACAGUCAAGUAUGUUUUAUAGGACUAUUGUACCUAUUUUUCAAGCUGGAGUAUUUUACAAAACCUUUGCAAUAUAACUCGAGACAUUUUUCUCAGGCAGCAGUAGGUGCAUGGAAAAGUAAAAGCCCUUAACAGAAAACAAUAUUUAACAAACUGUUGCAUUUUGUCUAAUCCAACUUAAAAUUACAUAACCUACACUGGUAAGAAUAAUAAAUGAACUCUUCUCCACUAUGUCCUUACAAUUAAACUGAACACUUACAUAUAAAAACAAAAACAAACAGCAGAAUAUAUUUCCUGUAAUCACAAUUAUUGCCACUUUGGGAUAAGAAUGAUUAAAUAUAGAGACCUACAUCUUUAGUUUUAAAAAGUGCAUUAUUAGUUUGUGGUUUCACUUUCUAAUAACACACCCUUUGUGAAAGGGUAAACAUUAUUGUAUGCUGAAUAAGUCACUGGACAUGUUAGUCCAAAGAGACCACUUUUCAUUUCAGUCUAUGAGAUGACUGCUCAGUUUAGCUUUAAUGCUGACACUGUGAAAAAUGUUAGCACCCACUGUUGCUUCUAUGAACAGCAUUUUAGCAAACUAAUUAUUUGGCACUUAUUGAAAAUUCAUGUGUUUAAAACCUUCCUACAUUUUCUAAAGCCAAUAAAAGUAUUUGUAAUGACUUCUGUAAACUCAUACCUGAAACAUGUAUGUAUUGUACUGAAGACGUACAGUCAUGUAAAAGGAAAGCAUGCCUACUGAUUAAAGUUCUUAAUUGAUGACUAUUUAGUAUUUAUAAUAGGAUUACAAAUGUUUUUAAAAGCCAUUAUAAGUGAAACAAAGCUGCCAAAUAAAAGUCGGUUUUGAUUAAUAUCUUUAAAUGAAUAAAUCUUUUAGAAAAGGCUCCUUAUUAGAACGUGGGACUGACAAUUUAUUGAUGUCCAGCUUUAGCACCAUAUCAUAUUUUGUAUGUACACAUCUGAAAUAUAAUGCCGCAGAUGCUGUAGGACCGUGACAAAGUGUAUAGUGGCAAUAAUUAAUAUACACUUUCAAUAUAUGCAUAGUAUGGGAUUAGAGUCACAUGCACAAAAUUUAUUUUAACAUCAUCUAGUUUUUAUAAGCACCACUAUAAACACUUAAUGGUUUAUAACACAUUAAAAUGUAGCUCUACACAUUGAUUUAUUAUAUUUGUAGCAAUUUUAAUUGCCCUGUAACCAUUACGGCAUCAUUAAUUCUUGCUUUAUGUGUGAUUUCCAUUUGUUUUACUUUUUUUUUUUUAUAAUUCCAGGAAUAGACAAACACUUUGUAUCUGCUUACAGUUACAUUAUUGCAUCGUUAAAUGUUUAUAUACUGCUUAUAUUUGCUAGGAAAGGGUGGCAUAAAAUAGUACUUCUCUGCGCCAUGUUAGCUGUUGCAUAGAUUGUCAUUACCCAUUUUAUAUGUUUUAACUGAUUCUUUGAUCCAUGACACCGACAGCCAGUAACUAAGAUGCCACAUGUACUUAAUUAGGGACACCAGAAUUACUUUUCCAAGUGAUUUAGACUCACAUUUUCAGUAGGUACAGAUGUGUCGUUGUUCAUACAGUAUGUGUUCAGCACUCACCAUUAUCCUCUGUACUGUGGAAUAAAUAUAAUUGGAUGAUAAA